AUGUCUGUCCAGAUCUAUGUAUUCCGUUCAUAUCUAUCUAUCUAUCUAUCUAAGUUUAUUCUUAUCUAUCUAUCUAUCUAUCUAUCUAUCUAUCCUUUUCCAGUCUGUUCAUAUCUAUCUUGGCUAUUCAUAUCUAUCUAUCGAUCUAUCUUAGUCUGUGCAUAUCUAUCUUUCUCUAUCUAUCUUAGUCUGUUCAUCUAUCUUUGUUCAUAUCUAUCUGAAUGUUCUGUUCAUAUCUAUCCAUCGAUCUUAGUCUCUUCAUAUCUAUCUGUCUAUCGAUCUCUAUUAGUAUCUAUUUAUCUAUCUGUUCAUAUCUAUCUCUUUGUCUUUGUUAAUUUAUCUAUUUAUAUUAGUCCGUGUUUAUCUAUCUAUUCUGUCUGUUCAUAUCUAUCUUCCUUAGUCUGGUUGUUCAUAUUCAUCUAUCUAUCGAUCUAUCUUAGUCUCUUCAUAUCUAUCUGUGUAUCGAUCUAUCUUAGUAUAUUCAUAUCUAUCUUAUCUGUUCCUAUCUAUUUUAAUCUGUUCAUGUCUAUCUAUCUAUCUAUCUACAUUAGUCUGUUCAUAUCUAUGUAUUUUAGGGUUGUUCAUAUUUAUCUAUCUUACGAUCUAUCUAUCUAUCUAUCUAUCUAUCAGCAGGCCUGUUUGUUAUAUCGACCUCUUCAUUCCCGAAAUCUAUAUAAUAAGAACUGA